GGCUCUCAAGCACUGCACGAUGAUGUCCACUACGAUUACUGCCACCUUAGCUGUGGUCCUUUUCGGGGUUGUAGCAGCUGGUCCUGUUGCUGAUCCUGAUCCUAAAGCUGAUCCUGGAUUCCACCGAGGAAUUGGUGGAUUUGGAGGAUUUGGAGGAUUUGGAGGAUUUGGUGGCCACGGAUUCGGAUAUGGAGCCUACCGAGGAAAGAGGAGCCCAGUAGCUGAGCCCGAACCUGAAGCCGAUCCUGGAUUCCACCGAGGAAUUGGUGGAUUUGGAGGAUUUGGAGGAUUCGGAGGAUUUGGUGGCCACGGAUUCGGAUAUGGAGCCUACCGAGGAAAGAGGAGCCCAGUAGCUGAACCCGAACCUGAAGCCGAUCCUGGAUUCCACCGAGGAAUUGGUGGAUUUGGAGGAUUUGGAGGAUUUGGAGGAUUUGGAGGAUUUGGUGGAUAUGGUGGUCGAUAUUAUGGUUAAGAAAAUAUUGUGAACACUCGACAACUUUUAUGAAUCUAAAUAAAUAAAAAAAUUUCGAAAUAUA